CGCGAAUGCCAGCCUGACUUCGAGGCAUCAUUAUGUCUCCACUUGCAAUGCCAAACUCCUCAGUCGCUUCAUCGUGCGCACCACCGCCCUAUCUCGUCGCAUGGAACUCACUUGUUCGUCGGAGCAUAGCCGCUUGGGACGAUAUCGCUACAUACGACCAAGUCGUCCCCAAAGACUUUCCCGGGUCCAUAUUACAGGAAUACCAUUCCUUAGACCACUUCCUUGCUCAAGCUGGGAAACCUUUAAUGUUCUGGUUUUUCCAACGACGCAGCGCUUUCAUGGCGCAAAGACACAUGAAAAAAUGGUCCCGCGAUGAACUAGACGACUAUAUUCUCCUACCUGCUGCGCGGGGCUUUGUUUUGCGAGUCGAUUGCUUCUUCGUCAGCCAUUUCUGGCGCACGCAGGAGCACCCUGACCCAGACGGACAGUAUCUGCGUCUUCAUCAAGCUGAACUUGAAUCGCAAACAUGGUCGUAUAUUUGGAUAGACUGGACGUGCAUGCCGCAAAGCCCGCGAUCAUUGUCAGAAGAAGCGUAUUUCCAUCGCUGCUUGCAGACAAUGUCGGGCAUCAUCCGAAACUGUGGCUUCACGUAUUUCUAUCCUCCUUUCGAACCGCGCUUGUGGAUAUUGUAUGAGAUAACAGAGUAUGUACUUACGUGCUCCACACCCCCAGGAAGGACAGCCGACAUCGAACCUUUUCUCAUGCAUAUCGAUGAGAUGCUUGAAACAAGCGUGCAAGCUACUUUAUCGAAGCAUAGCUAUCGUUGUUCUUACGAUCGCGACAGGCAAUACCUGAUAUCUUGGCUAGAACUACUUGUCCUUCUCAGACGACUACACUUCAGUAUUGACAGUAUUCGCCACAUAAUGGAUAACAUGACCUGGUUGUCCUGUGAAAUUCAAAUCUAUCCAGGAGUGGUACUAAGCAGAUUUGAAGGCACUUUGGAAGUCAAUGGGGAAAUGCAUACGUUCACUCCAUUUCCGCGAUGGGAUAGCGGGAAGUACUCACAAGCAUGAUUCGCUUGAGUACAGUCGCUGCACGAUCGAGUGUUCGCAUAUGCGAUCGCAAUAGUUACCAAGUACCUGGCUUCGGCAUUCAGUUCUACAUCUAACGCCAUACCAGACGCUUCCGAGUCGCUCAGUUUGUGCGUUGGGGCGCCUUCGUUGGGGUACAAAAUCGUCAAGCUCAAUGCAAAUCAGUCAUUUCUACGGCAUGCUGUAAACCCCGUUAGGAUUUAUGUAUAGUUCAUAGUAGAUAC